AUGCGACCGUGGGUCUGGUCUGCUCGAGCGAGGUGCAUCACCGCCUUUGCCCUCCUCGCUGCCAUUGCCCCCUGCUGUCACGCCAGCGCGCAGCUGCCGGCGGACCCGCCGGUGCUCCUGAAUGAAUGGUCCACCGACUACGGUCAAGGGCCCGAGUUCAGAGGUGAAAAGAGCGCGCCAUUGACGUACGGUCCCGAUGGGCCUUGGCAGGCCAUUCUUGCCGAUGCGGGCGAGCAGAGUCCGCCGUACCGCGGCGAAACCAUGCCCUUCUGGCCCAGUCCACACCUCAAGACCCAAGUUUGGUCCGCCAACACAACUGGCCACUAUGUGCCUUCACUCCCUUCCCCGUACCGUCUGCCCGAUGGGGCCCAAGAGCUCUCGGCUGGUUAUUUCCUUGAUCUGUUCUACCCCGGAUUGAAAGGCGGCGGGAACCUGCUGGUGAAGCACCCAAACAUUUCACUGGCGGUCGACAGGCCUUAUAACGAUAUGAGGCGAUUUUACAACUAUUCCACCUCUGUGGGCAUCCUCGGUAUAGGCCCCGAACCUUAUGCCGGGUACUCUGGUCCCCCCUUUCGACCGUCGCUCAUCUCCCAGUUCCAGAUGCGAAGCAAGAUCGCAUCAAGGUCCUUUGCUAUGCACAUUGGGAGCGUGCUGCUCGAGAUACCUGGGUCCAUGGCCUAUGGUGGCUACGACCGGUCACUUGUCGUCGGCAACUUUGGGGAGUUCAAUCAUGCAGGCUUGGACUUCACCCCGGUCUUUAUGACCGACGUAGCGAUAGGCUUUGAGAUUGGAGCCUCCCCAUUCAAGGGCAUAUCCCAGUCCGAGUCUGUAUACCGAGGUCUGGACCGGAACACCGCCGGGGGCGAGGGGCGUUGGUCGGCGGCCGGGUUCACAAAGUUGAUGGGAGGAAGGGCCGGCAGUGCUGUGAUGGUCAUCUCGCCAGAAAUGCCCUACUUGUACAUGCCGCUAGGUACUUGUGAAGCGGCGGCCGAGCAUUUACCAGUCGUCUUUGACGAGCAUCUCAAGCUUUACCUAUGGAAAACCGAGGAUCCAUACUAUGAAAGGAUCGUAAACUCUUCCGCAUGGAUGCGCUUCUCGCUCGAGAGUCGAACUGGCAAGAUCGUCGAUAUCAAAGUGCCAUUCAAGCUACUGAAUCUGCAACUGGAGCCCCCGCUCGUCGAAAGCACAACGCCCUACUUCCCAUGCCGACCGAUCCCCUCUAUCGAUGCAUUCUACUUUGGGCGCGCUUUUCUGCAAGCCGCCUACGUCAUCGUCAACUAUGACAACAACGUCACGAUAAUAGCACAAGCGCCUGGUCCUGACUCUGGCAGUGAGCAGCUGCUCAGCCUCCAGCCAGAUCAGACCAAUCUCGAGAAUAAUAAUUACUUUGACUUUGCCGACAGCUGGAAGGCCCACUGGAAUGAGCUUUCCGGCGAGUCGACGUCGGUGGACUGGAGCAAGGUGUACAUAGGCACAUCGGCAGUGGCUGCCAUUCUGUGUCUGGGAGCGGUGGGUUUUUACAUAUGGCGGCGGGGACAGCUGCGUCAGGGGGUCAAGACGGGGCUUUUCCAGUUCAAGCUGGGCCCCAUGGAAUCCGACAGCCUGCUGGGAUGCCAAGGGAAUAGGGCAGAAUUGGGCGAUUCGGAUUCCAGGACUUUUGAGCUCGAAAGCCCGUCUAAUUAUGCGCCUUCCACGCCACAAAGCACUUUGGAGGGAUGGGAUGAUGUCAGCCCUACAGAACCUUCUUCGGUUGUUCAAGACGACAAUGUUGAACCGUCUGCGGACAAUGGUCAAGGGUCGAGUUCUGCGGGGCCGGUGGAGAUAGACUCAUAUUAUAUAUACGACGAGCCAAAGUCCUUGCUUGUGAUCAAGGACCUUGUCAAGAGGGAAGAUCCAAGUCGACGGCGCUAUUCCGUAGCCACCAUCAUGGUCAACAACCUCACCCGGACCAACUACAACCUCUGCGAGCUUCCAGUUCUCCGCGUCCAGCACCGCGCCCACAACAACCUUGAGUCCCGCGACGGCAUACAGCGGGUCCUCUCCCCCUGGGCCCUGGCCAGGUCCAGGCGGCCAUUUGUCGGAGGGGCGACAUCGAGGGAGGUGCAGAGGUAG